CUUCUCUUGAGCUUUUCCUCCAUAUGUACAAGGUCUUACCCGGGGGUAGUAACUGUCCAGGCUUCGUCUAUUUCCAUUCACGCAACAAGAGGAGUUUUGUGACCGAUCUUCCUCCUAGCCAUAAGAAAUGGAAACGAAGAUUUGUUUUCAUUGAGUUCCCUUCUGACCAAUUCCCUUUCACUAACCCUGAAUGGGCUGACCGGGUGGUAAAACCUGAAAGGGUUCACCCGGACCCCACUCCCGAGCUUGAGGACGCCUGUGAGAAACUUCUCAAGGGUGAUCCUGUGACCGGGAAACCUUACACCUAUGGAGGCUGGGUGUACCGGUUGUCCAACCCGGAUGGGGCUAUGUCUGCGACCCAUGACGUAGAAGAUGACCAGGCCAACUCCCUGGAUGGUCAUGCUGAGGGCAGUUCUCCUCAUCCAGACAUGGAAUUCACCCGGUUUGUCAACCUUGAUGAUGAUGAUGAUGAAGUCCUCCAUGGCGGCCAGUCCCCCAAUAGCAACCCGCCUUCUCCUCCUCAAAACCCUGGGAUGGAAGGGGCUUCAUUUGCCCGGUGCACUUCCCUUGACGAUCUCAUCCGAGAUAAGAAGGUGAAGUCCCCUUCGGCCACCCAUCUCUUCGAGGAUGACCGGUUUGACUCUCUUCAGGACCAUAUCAAAUCUAAGCCUAAGGAGGCCGGUCAAUCUUCUUCCCGUGCUAAGGGCCACAAAAGGAAAGGGUCCCAUAAGAGUUCCAAAGAGGGCAAGAAGAAGAAGACCGGGUCGCUUGAUCUGGAGGGGGAGUCGGUUGAAGAGGCCUUCCUUGCAUUGACCAGAAGGCUCCAAAAGUCCCCUCAACUGAAUCUCCUGCUUGAAUCGGCCAAGUCAGAAAUAAAUGACCUGGUCGAGAGGGAGAGACGGUUAGAGGUAGAGCUGAGGAUUGAGAGGGCCAAGCUUGAGGAGGAAAGGGCCUUGCUAGAGGAGGAGAGGGCAAGAUCUGCUCGUUUGGAGGAGGAAGGGAAUAGGAAGGUUGCCGAACUUGAGGAGGCGUUGGCCCAAGUGGAAGAAUCUGCCCGGGCAAAGGAGAAGUCUUUUCCUGAUGAUGCUGCGACUUGGGCCGCCUGCCACCACAUUGAAGUUGCCCGGUCCAUUCUCACCAAUCCGGAGGACACCAUGGACUUUUUCAAAGUCAUGUAUCAGGAGCCGGAGGGGAAGAGAAUGAUUACUGACAUUGGGUCUUACGGGUUCUAGUGUGGCCAAAAAGAGGAAAGGUCCCUCCUCUAUACAAGGCUCCAGAAGAGGGAUCCUUCAUUUGACCCGGUCAAGAUGAAGCUGCCUACUUUAUACAAGGAAGAGCCAACCCCCCUUUCCCACUACAGUAGGUUAGGGUAUUUUU